UUCUCGGGGGGAAAUUUUAGGAGAGCUGGAAUUGCUGGAAACGAGCUUCCAGGAACAAUCAAAGCGAGAAAAUUCCUCCGCGCAGCGCGCCAUUGACUGUAAAGACCUUUCAACUUUACAAAAACCUGAAAUUGACAAACGUUCUCUUGAGUGGAAACUUUGUCACGACGACCGUAUCGCCACAAAUCGACAGGCGGGGAGCAUGCAUCGCGACGGAAUGACGGAGAAGGACUAAGUAAUCGCGAACAGGCAACGAUGGUUCGCCUGAGGCGGCGUUUUUCCGCGUAAAAUGCAGUUUGUGUUGUAGUUGACUAGUGCUCCCCCGUUCAGAGACGACAUGGAUGGAUAUGACGAGGAUCCGGCGAGCAAACUGAUGGAAAACCUCUCUAUAUUUGACGUUUAUCAAGACGGGAUGUACGGGGAACCGAACCCCGAUAUGGAGAAAACUAAACGAAUGAAUGGCAGCUCCUCCGCGCACGGGAACAAAGUCUACGGCGCGGCUCCCCUGCGCUCCGUCAACGGGAACCGACCCUCAGUGCCUCUGGAUUUCUGUUCUCCGCAAAGGGACGCGGUUUAUCCCGAUCCCGACGCGCACUGCACCAAAUCUGAAGUUGCCUUGCCGUGUUACAGCGGCGCGUCGGAGCGUCUCAGGAGAUACACGCAGGCGGAGGUGCAGGCGCACAGGUACAGCGCUGGAUGCGCCUACGACGCGCUCAUUAUGGGGAAGCAGGUGAGGAGCAACAGCUUAUGCAUGGCCAGUUUAGCUUCGUCUCACUCGUCGCAAGACCAGAGCAAACACACCAGCCCGAGGUCGAGCAUCAGCAGCCCGCGGUCCAGCCUGGUGUCACCCGGACAGGAGAAGUACUGCGAGGGGAACGGCGUGAUCAGCCCCCGCUCGAGUUACGCCAGCACGGCCAGCGACACCAGCAAACACUCCAGCCCCAGAACCAGCCUCAACAGCUACGACUGCGGGAGCAAACCUAGCAGCAACCGAACCAGCGGCAUCAGCAUGGGCUACGACCAGCGGCACAUCAGCCCCAGAUCGAGCACCACAAGCCCGCGCUCCAGCUACUCGCCCGCGGGGAACCACGAGCCGGAGAGCGGCGCGGUGCACGGCAUCCCCAUGACCAGCCCCCGAUCCAGCAUCUGCAGCCACAGCUCCAGGAGUUCGCGGAGCUCCAUGAGCGCGUAUCCCGAGCUCCAGCACUCCAUGCUGGGACCCGGUUUGCCGGAGGACGCGCUGCUGCAGGACUUUACGGAGCCAAACGGCCUCCACAACAACCGCGUCCACCUCCAAGCGUUUCCCGAGCCGCAGCAGCAGAAUUCAGACGUCAACAUCGUGUUUAACUACGGGAAGAUGGGCACCGGGGGGCAGCGCUUAAAGCUGCCGUACCAGGUCACUCCAUCCCGGGACAGCGGCCCCAGUCCGGCGGAGCGGCGCCUGGAGGCCCUCACCCUGGAGCUGGAGAAGGAACUCGAGAUGCACACGAAAAAGGAAUAUUUUGGUAUCUGUAUAAAGUGUGGUAAAGGUGUGUAUGGAGCGAGUCAAGCGUGUCAGGCGAUGGGGAACCUGUAUCAUACAAACUGCUUCACCUGCUGCUCCUGUGGACGGAGGCUACGAGGAAAGGCUUUCUAUAAUAUCAAUGGAAAGGUUUACUGUGAGGAAGACUUCCUGUACUCCGGGUUCCAGCAGACGGCAGAAAAAUGCUUUGUGUGCGGUCACCUCAUUAUGGAGAUGAUCCUGCAGGCUCUGGGUAAGUCGUAUCAUCCAGGCUGUUUCCGCUGUGUGGUUUGUAAGGAGGGUCUGGACGGUGUUCCUUUCACCGUGGAUGUGGAGAACAACAUCUACUGUGUGAAAGACUACCACAGGGUUUUUGCUCCUAAAUGUGCCUCGUGUAACCAGCCCAUCCUCCCAGCGCAGGGUUCAGAGGAGACCAUACGGGUGGUGUCCAUGGAUAAAGAUUACCAUGUGGAAUGCUAUCACUGUGAGGAUUGCAGUCUGCAGUUGAAUGAUGAAGAGGGGCAUCGCUGUUACCCGCUGGAUGGGCACCUGCUGUGCCACCGAUGCCACCUGCACCGGUUAAAAACCCCUCUACCGCCCCACCCACCCCCAAGUUACCCGCUCCACGUCACUGAACUGUGAACACACGACUCACGCUGAACGAGGAGCGAGAGGAAAUCAAGACAGAAGGAUCGGUCCUUCCUCUGAACAGUAAACAUGGGUUCGGUCGUGCCCGUUUGACCACGUAUUUCCACUUGUUUGGAGUCCAUUUGACCAACCGGGGAGGCUUUUAUUAUUAUUUCAUCCCUCAUCACGUUAUCGAGGGGUUUGGGCUCGGUGUCCAGCGUUAGGUCUUCAACACUGCCGCAGGGGAUCGGAGGGCGACCCGUGCCUGUUUUUCCUCCUGAACUGAACACACAGACUGAGAUACGACUUCCUGUGCCUUCAUCGGAAAUCCUGCGUCGAUCAGGCCGUCGCCUCACUCACUGCCUUCCACUUGCACCAUUACUGCCCAGGGUCUUUAAAGGGACAGUCCACCUCAAAUUAAAACUACAGUGAUCAUUUACUCACUGUCAUUCCAAACUUGUAUGAACUUUUCUUCCGUGGAAGAAGUGUACUAAAAUGUUAUUUCAAGGCAAGACACUACAAGAAAAAACUUUGU